AUGCAGACAAUGUCCAUUCUUGCACUCGUCUCGUGCGCCGUCUCCCUCGCCGCUGCGAAUCCCGCCAAUGUCGAAGCACGCGCAACGAAAAGCUCGAGCGAAGGAUCGUCUGGAACUGGCUCUACGCUUCCAACCAUAACAACGAAAGGCAAUGCAUUUUUCGCUGGAGACAGUCGCUUCUACAUUCGAGGAAUCGAUUAUCAGCCGGGAGGUUCUUCCGAUAUAACCGAUCCUCUCGCCGACUACAGCAUAUGUUCACGCGACAUUCCAUAUUUCAAGCAGUUGGGACUCAACACCAUUCGUGUGUACACUGUUGACAACAGUGCGAAUCACGAUCAGUGUAUGAGUGCUCUCGCCGAUGCGGGAAUCUAUCUAGCGCUGGAUGUCAACACUCCCAAAUACUCACUAAAUCGAGCUUCGCCUGGUCCGUCGUAUAAUCCCACCUACCUCCAAUCGAUCUUUGCAACGAUCGAUGCAUUUGCAGGGUAUAGCAAUACUUUACUCUUUUUCAGCGGGAAUGAAGUUCUCAACGCUCCGGACACUACGUCCGCGGCACCGUAUGUGAAAGCCGUAACUCGAGACAUGAAGCAAUACGUCGGUGAGCGUGGCUAUCGCUCGAUCCCAGUUGGCUAUAGUGCAGCGGAUGUAACUGAGAACCAAUAUCUGAUGGCUCAAUACAUGGACUGCGGCGAGACACAAACUCUUUCAGAUUUCUACGCCAUCAACAACUACGAAUGGUGCGAUCCAUCCUCAUACACCACAUCUGGGUGGAGCAAUUUGGUCGCGCAGUACUCCAACUAUAGCCUGCCUCUUUUCAUGUCCGAGUACGGCUGCAUCAAAAACACCCGCACAUUCGAAGAGACGGCCGAGCUUUACCAACCUGAAAUGACAAAAGUCUUCUCUGGUGGUCUUGUCUACGAAUAUUCGCUAGAAGGUAACGGCUUCGGCAUCGUUACACUCUCCGGGUCAACCGUGUCUCCCGAAGGGGACCAAUUCUCCUACCUUCAAAAAGCUUUAGCGAGCGCUACCAGCCCAAGUGGUGAUGGAGGCUACACAACCUCUAGCACAACCCAAAACUGCCCUGAUCAAGGCACGAACUGGGAUACCAGCCCUUUCAUCGGAAGCGCUUUGCCCGCUAUGCCUAGCGGAGCAGAGACCUACCUGAAGAAUGGUGCUGGCAGUGGUCCGGGUCUCACGGGCGAUGGUUCGCAAAACGCAGGAGGCGAGAGCACAUCUACUGCGGAUCCGAAUGCUGGAUCUGUCACUGCUUCUCCGACGGGAGGGAGUAAGACGUCGAAGGCGGCUGCGAAUUCUGUGCAGAUGGGGCGCAUGGACUUUGCGCCUCUUGUUUGCGGUGGUUUGGUUCUUUUGAGCAUGGUUUUUGGGGCUGCUCUUUUGUAG